UUACCGUCAAAUUGUUCUCAAAUAUAUAAUUUUAUUAGCUUAGAAUAGGAGAUAUUAUAACUAGUUAAUAAAAAUGUCUUAUUGUACUUUAAACGAUUUUUCUUAGAGUUCCUUUUAUUCUCUAAAGUAUUAAAAAUCAGGAGAAAUAUACACGUAUACCGAAUGGUAUUUUCCUUCUAAACUGACGAUCGCCCUAAAAUUAAGUCAACGUGUGACCUUGGUCAUUAUCAUUAUUUAUCAUAUGCCGCUUAUAUGUAAUUUCACGACAUUUGAGUAGUAUCAACUUUAUUUACAGCCAGAGUAUUCAAAAUGGUUGCAAGCGCGUUAUUAAACUCAACAAAAUCUAUUAAUCUUACACAAUGCAUGAAAGUAUUGGUUACACAAAACCGUAGCUUUACCAGCCAGUUGAAUGAACAGCAGCUUGCUGUACAGGAAUUGGCUAGAAAUUAUACUAAUCAAUAUCUUAAGCCUAGAGCAUCUCAACUGGACCUACAAGGAAGGUUUCCUUUUGAUGAGAUAAAACAUAUAACCAAACUCGGUUUAAUGGGGGCGUGCGUAGAUGAAAAGUAUGGCGGCCUCGGUCACGACUACCUGUCAUUAGCAAUCGCUGUCGAGGAACUAUCACGUGGUUGCGCUAGCACUGGCAUGAUAGUCUCAAUACAUAACUUCCUGUACGCCAACUUGGUUAACGAGCAAGGAACGCCGGAGCAGAAGGAAAGGUUCCUGAGCAAUUUCACUAAGGGAUCAAUUGGGUGCUUUGCACUGAGUGAGCCAGAUGCGGGCAGUGACGUAGCGAAUAUAAAGACGACAGCAAGACGAGAUGGUGACUACUGGAUCCUUAACGGCAAGAAGAGUUGGGUGACAUCCGCCGUUGAAGGCUCAGCGACUGCGGUCUUUGCCACCUUCGACCCUGAACUUAGACACAAGGGACUGGCUUGCUUUCUCGUUCCUCUCGAUGCAGAGGGUGUGUUUAGGGGGAAGAAGGAACCCCUCAUGGGCGUGAGCUCGGGUCACAGGGCGGCCACGGCGUGCGAUCUGACGCUGGACGAGGUGCGCUUGCCGGCCAGCUGCUUACUGGGCCAGGCCGGCGACGGCUUCCGGAUCGCCAUGCGGCAGCUGGACCAGGGCCGCAUAGGCAUAGCGGCGCACGCUGUCGGUAUCGCCCAGGCGUCCCUGGACACGGCGAUCGCCUACGCAAAGGAGCGGGUCGCCUUCGGCAAGAGUCUGACGGCGCUGCCGUCGGUGAAGGACCGGCUGUCGGACAUGUGCAUCCUAGUGGAGUCGGCGCGGCUGCUGACGUGGCGCGCGGCGACGCACGUGCACACCAAGCACAGCGCCAUGGCCAAGUACGCGGCGGGGCGCGCGGCGGCGGCGGCGGCCGACCACUGCGUGCAGGUGCUCGGCGGCCGCGGCCUGUCCACGCGCUACGACGCCGAGCGCCACUACAGAGAUGCGAGAGGCACCCAGAUAUACGGUGGCGUUACGGACGUGCAGAAGCGUCUCGUGGGACACUUCCUUCUCAAGGAGCACGAUGCCCUCUGAUGCGACGAGGAGUCUGUCAGCUAGACGCGCACAUCGCACUCGACCUUACGGAACAUGCUACGAUAGGUAUUGGAUCAUUUAAAAACAUUUAUAAUAAGUUAUUGUAUGAAAAUAAAACAAUACAAUGUAUUUUUAUCAAUUAUAUCGUAAAUAUAUGUACAGGUAAAAUAUCAUGGAACCAAUGAUUCGUUGAACAUAGACAGUUUAAUCUACAGUCAAACGUCAGUAUUUUGUCCUUGUCUUUUGUCCGAGUGUACCCGGAAGAGUAAUUGAGCCAACAUUAUUUUAAGCGCAAGUUAUUAAGUACUUGGAGCCAAUGAUUGGUGCCACAUUAACAGUUAAAUAAACUAGUCCACUUGCUAUCAGAUUGCACAUUUGCCUGUGUGUUUAUUUAUUAUAGAAAUAUUAAUAAUCUGUUAUUCUGUUUUAAAUGUACCAUAAACAAAGACUUAAAUAUAUUCAUGUGAGCCAUACAGUUGUAACGUGCGCUUGUCGUAAGACACGUUUGUUAGCUAUUGAAGUGAGUGACAAAAUAAACAACAGCGGUAUUUUAAAUACAUUUCUAUGUUACAGGAAUUCUAUGGCGUAUAAAGUAAUAGCAAUAAUUUAUUAAUUUUAUUGCAAUGUUAUUUAAAAAUACCAUUUUUAUUGUUUUUUUUUUAUUUGUGUUAUAUGUACUUUGUUUUAGUCACAAAAUAUAAAUAUGCCAAAUAUAACGACAUGUCAACACUGGAAUUGAAAGUAAAUUUAUAAUAAUAUAAGCACAUUUCAAAUGUAUGAAAACAAAGUAUAUUUAAUACUAGUUUCUGCCUGCGGCUUUUCCCACGUGUAAGAAUUUAAUGACAGAAAUGAUAUAUUUAGUUUAAACGAACGUCUAACUGCUUUUAACAAGUUUUAUAGUGGCCGUAUAUAAUCAACUAUAAUUCCUUAAGACUGUUGAUAUUGUCUUAAAUCGAUUGAUAUUUCACAUUUAAAAUUGAAUGUAUUACAACUUUGUGUGAGAAUAUCUUGAUAAGGCUGAGAGGCAUUUCUAGUAUAAGAUUUAAAUGGGCAUUCCAAAUAUUAUAUGAUUUGUUAAUUUGGCUGUAAAUCAGGUUGAAGGAUUUUUUUUUUUUUUUGGGUUUUGAAUUGUUUAUAUAUGUUGUUUUUUUUUAACUUAUUAUUAUUGCUAAAAUUGGAUGUUUCAUAUCAAAUAUGACAAUAAAAGUAUGGUUUAUAGUAAAGGAUGUUGUAUUAAUUUUAAAACUUUAAUCUUAAUAUUAUG